GGAGGCGUUGCUUUUGGUAAUGGUGGAAGCUGGAAUGCUUUCAAGUGAAAUGCCAGAGCGGCGGCUUUUUCAUUUCUGGCUCAUAGACCGCCAUCAAGGAGGGAGUGAUGUGGCCUGCCUUGUUUCCGGAGGCUGGUUAGAAUUUGGAACUUCCACUAGGUGACUUUGAAAUAGAUGGAAAAAUCAAAGGGCCUCAAGCAAAUUUGGAAUUUCCUUUUGGCCUAAAUGGGAGCCUGAUUUUGUCCCCCUGGAGGAGGGGUACUUCUUUCCAAGCGUUUCCUCAACACGAGGUAGCUGAAGCCAAGCGCUACUUGGCAGGAAGAGCCUGGAUGGAGGACCCCAGAAACUUUCCCUGGGUGGGAAGGAGGACGGCCUCUGGGUGGGCGGGGGCUCUGAUCUGCCCGGGGGCUCUUCUUACCCUGCUUUAUCUAUCUUUGCAACCCACCAGGUUUCCCCGGGUAGCUUAGAAGAGAAACAGGUAGGGGCGAGUGCGGCCUCAUCCCCACCAUGUUUUGGAAGUUCGAUCUGAAUGCAACGUCCCACAUUGACAGACUGCUGGAGAAAGAGGACGUGACUCUGCGCGAGUUAAUGGACGAAGAUGACGUCCUGCAGGAGUGCAAAGCCCAGAACCGGAGGCUGGUGGACUUCCUCUGCCGGCAGCCGUGCAUGGAGGAGCUGGUGCAGCUGAUCAGCCGCGAGCCUCCCCUGGACGUGGACGAGAAGGUCCGCUUCAAGUACCCGAACACGGCCUGCGAGCUGCUGACCUCGGAUGUGCCCCAGAUCAGCGACCGGCUGGGGGGAGACGAGGCCCUGUGGGACGUCCUCUACGGCUUCUUGGACCAGGAGCCUCCCUUGAACCCCUUGCUGGCCAGUUUCUUCAGCAAGACCAUCGGCAGCCUCAUCGCUAGGAAAGCUGAGCAGGUGGUUUCGUUCCUGAGGAAGAAAGCCGAGUUUGUGGACCUGGUGCUGAAGCACCUUGAGACGUCCGCCAUGAUGGACCUCCUCUUGCGACUGGUCAGCUGUGUGGAGCCGGUCCCCCUUCGCCAGGAGGUGCUGCAGUGGCUGAAUGAGGCAAAGCUGGUCCAGAGGCUGGUGGAGCUGAUCCGCCCUCACCAGGAGGAAGACAGACAAUCCAACGCUUCUCAAACCUUGUGUGAUAUCAUCAGGCUGAGCAGGGAUCAGAGUAACCAGCUGCUCCCGGAGGUGGCCGACCUGGACCCUCUCCUGGCCUCCCUGGAAUCACAGGAGUGCGUGGAGCAGCUCUUGAAGAACGUGUUUGACGAGGGUUUGACGGAGGCCUGCAUUGUGAACGGGACGCAAGUUUUGCUGACGCUGCUUGAGCCGAGGAGAGCUGGCUUGGAGGGCCUUUCUGACUCCUUCUGCCAGGGGUUUGAAAAGUUUCACCCUGUCAGUAGCGGCAUCUUGCAGGGCAUUGAGCCGCGCCUGAAGGACUUCCACCAGCUGCUGCUUCGCCCGCCCAAGGUGGCUCCCAUCCUGACGACCAUCGGGAUCCUGGAGGAGCCCCUGGGCAAUGCUCGUCUGCAUGGCGCCCGCUUGGUCGCCGCCCUUCUUCACACCAACACGCCCAGCAUUAAUCGGGAGCUGUGCCGGCUUAACACCAUGGACCUGCUGCUGGACCUGUUUUUCAAAUACACUUGGAACAACUUCUUGCACUUCCAAGUGGAGCUGUGUGUCACAGCCAUCCUGAUGCACUCAGUGCCUGGAAGCAAGCUGCUCGCGGAAAACAGUGAGGGGACGGAUGGAAACGUCUCCUGGGAAAAUGCUGAAGCGCCAGAGAACCUCACACUGACUCACCUCUUCCAAAAGUGCUGCCUGGUGCAGAGGAUCCUGGACGCCUGGGAGGCCAACGACAAAAUCCAGGCCGAAGGAGGGAUGAGGCGUGGCAACAUGGGCCACCUGACCCGGAUCGCCAACACCGUUGUGCAAGCGGUGGAGAAAGCGCCCCCUGGGCACAGCCAGGCCAGGGAGUUCAUCAUCAGAGGCCUUCCUGAAGACUGCCGAGGCCGCUGGGAGAGCUUCGUGGAGGAGACUCUGGUGGAAGCCAACCGAAGAAACACAGUGGAUUUGGUGACGGCCCACCACCUGCACUCCUCCAGCGAAGACGAGGAGGCCAAGGCCGCCUUCCCCAGUGAAGUCUCCCUCCAGCAGGCCUUCUCCGAAUACCAGGUGCAGCAGAUGACGGCCCUUUUCAUGGAUCAGUUCGGCUUCAAUGACGAAGAGUUUGCCAAUCAGGAUGACAACAUCAAUGCCCCUUUUGACCGGAUCGCAGAGAUCAACUUCAACAUUGCUGUAGAUGAUGACAGUGCCAGCGCUUCCCUCUUUGAAAGCUGCUGCAGUGAACGCAUCCAGCAAUUCGAUGACAGCGAGGAGGAGGAGGAGGAGGAGGAGGAUAUCUGGGAGGAGAACGACGUAAACUAUGCAGCCCAAGCCAAAUCACGGUCGCGCUUUGGAGGACUUCGCUCUGUGGAAGGCUCAGGCAAAGGUAGCCUAGAAAAUGGGGAACAUGAGGGCGGCAUGGACUCUGGGGAAGAAGAGGCUGAGAAGGGGACAGCUGUCCAUUCCCAGGACCCCUGGAAGGCAGACAACCAGGCGGCGGUGGAUCCCUCCUCGGAAGGGCCUGGGUGGAGGACGGCCGCUGAGCCCGUGAAGUCCAAGCCUCCAGCCUCUUGGGUGGCCACAGACAUCGGGUCCAGCGUGUGGGAUUCCGUAAUGCCUGGCACGAAGGCUCCCGAAGAGCGAGGCUGGGCCCAGUUCCCGGACUUCCAACCCUUCUGCUGCUCCGAAGCAGCUCCCAAGUGUAGCUCCCCGGUGGAGAACGACUCGGAGGGAAGUCCCAGGCAGAGCCAGGACGAGAACGUCAGCGCUGCCGCCUCCCCUUGCUCCUGGAAUGUCUGCGUGGCACGGAAGGCACCCUUGGUGGCCUCAGACAGCAGCUCCUCUGGUGGCUCAGACAGCGAGGAAGAGGACGAGGCGGCCAGCGUGGUCACAGAAACCCUCAGCCCAGGUUCAGGCCAGGAAACCGCCCCGCUGACUGUGGACGCUAAGAAAGAAAAGGCCCUCUUCAUCAGCAGUAACAACUCUCUGACGGUUGACAAGCUGGCAAGUCCUCCGACGAGGGAAGCCCCCCUGGCACUGGGCAUUCCUCCAAGCUCAGCUGCAGCGGCUGCCACACCGGAGGAGGCCAAGAGGGAGCACAGGAACGAGGAGCCCCACCCGGGAACCGAGGCCCCGCUGAAAGGUCCCGCUUGAUGAGGGGCUGCCUGGAAAGUGCCUGACUACAGCUGGGCUGCCCACAACUCCCUUGUCAUCCAGGCUGCCUUCAGAGAGGACAGAGAGUAGAGAGCAGGCCCCCCUCUUCAGCCCGCAUCCCCCCUUCCCCCCGUGGCUCAAGGGCAGCGUGAGCUCCUCUCCUCUCCCCCUCCAGCUCCUUCCAGCCACGACUGGCCGGCCCGGUGCCCGUGCUUGGCUUGGCCCUUGGGGGUGGGGGGUAGGGCAGGCCUUGUCUCCAGGCCUGGCCUCUGCUCUCCUGGACUGGCCCAGGGACGUUGGGACGAAGAAGGUGGCGUUGGAACUUCCCCGCCAGCUUCUCAUCGAGCAAUAACGCCUCCUCCAAAAGGAGGUUGGGGCAGGGGAGCAACGGGCAGCUGGUGCCCUGAAGAACGGGAUCUCUUGUGACUCUUGGGAGGGAGGGAGGGAGGGACGGAAGUCAGCCAGCAUCAGCCCUGGGAACCAAGGUGACCUUGCAAGGAACGAGGUCCUGGAGCGAUUCUGGGGUGGGGGGUGGGGGUCUCUGGAGACCCUCCCCUUUCACGGAGAUGAUUGGUUUUCCUUUGGUUUGUUUAAUUUUGAAAAAAAAAUUAAUAGAAGCAAGAACUGCAACACUUUGCACUUUGGACCUCAUGCCAACCUUGAACAUUGGAAGAGACCUUUGAGGAAGCCAUGCCAGUAUGGCCUGGCAGUGCCCGAGGAGCGUGAGACGUGCCCUAGACACGAGAUGUGGACCCCAGGGCAGCUGGGGCAGGGGCUGGAUCUCCCCCCCACUCCUCUUCCCCCCCCCCAGCAUAAGAAUGGCAGGGGGCUGAGCUGCUGCAGAAUCAAGACUGUGAUUUGGGGUGCUGAGCCGUCGUCGUCGGAUGGAAUUGGCCCCUUUGUGCCCCUCCUGGUGUUCCCUGGCUUUGUGCAGCCACCUGCUCCUUGCCAAACCUCAGUGGGACUUGAUGAUCCUCAGCACAAAAUCAGAUACUUUGGAAUGAAAACGGAGCUUUUCUGGAGUGGGUGAAGAAAGGGAGCUUAAAUCCGUCACGGUUACAGUCCACCACCACCACCCCCAACAUAACAAUGCUCUGUUUUUAGAAAAAAAAAAAAAACUCUCAAUGUCUGUUGUCCCAUGUUUUUUGCAGAUUAAAGGGUUGGUCAGAGGCCUUUGAGGAACAAGGCCAGCCCACUUUUCUCCCA